GUUCUCAUCUAAUCUUAUCUGAUCUGAUAAUCUUUACCCAUGGUCUCCUGGCUCCUCCGCCAUCUCCAUGUCUACCAUGGAGUCCAAGACGCCAGAGGAUGCCGAGACUGGAGAGAUUGGUCAGAGCAGAAGAUCCAGCAUCUCUGAGGACAAGCGCCCAUCAGAGGAAUCUAGAACGCCGACGCAAGAGGUCCUCUUCGCUGCUGGAGUCGGACUCCGGGCCGAUGACCCUGCUCUGCCAUGCCUCACUCUUCGCAUGUGGAUGAUUGGCAUUGGCUUCUGUCUCGUAGGCAGCGGUGUCAAUACGCUGUAUACAUUCCGGUUCCCAUCAGUCACUUUAUCCCAGUCUGCCAUCCAGUUCCUGGCGUACCCUCUGGGCAAAGCUUGGGAGUUUGUCGUCCCGGACUGGGGGGUGACUCUGUUUGGCACCCGCCACAGCCUGAACCCUGGCCCAUUCAACUACAAGGAAAACAUUCUCAUCUACAUCUUAGCCAACCUGAGCUACCUGACCCGUCUAAGUGCCGACGUCUUGACCGAGCAGCGCGUAUUUUACGGUGCUGAUACCAACUGGGGCUUCGAAAUAACCAUUACGCUCGCGACAAUCCUUUUUGGAUUCUCCCUGGCUGGUUUCGGCCGGUCCCUUGUCGUCGAGCCAGAGAGUUUGGUAUGGCCAGGCGUGCUUGCCAACACGGCUUUAAACGCAGCUUUGCAUCCUGCAGGCAAAGAGGAUGAGACUGAGGCCAAAUGGAGAUCUUCUCGUUACAAAUUCUUUCUGGUUGCCUUCUCGGCUGCAUUCGUCUGGUAUUGGUUCCCAGACUUCAUCUUCCCAGCGCUGGGAUAUUUCACAUGGGUAUGCUGGACUGCGCCUCGCAACCCAGUCGUAAACCAGCUUUUUGGCAUGAAAAGUGGCAUUGGUCUUUUGCCAUUUACAUUUGACUGGUCGCAAAUUUCGUACAUUGGCAGUCCGCUCGUUGUCCCGACGUGGGCCAUCCUCAACACCCUUGCUUCCGUCGUCUUCUGGAUCUAUGUCGUCACCCCUGCGAUAUACUACACAAAUACUUGGCUAUCGGCCUAUCUCCCUAUUCAAAGCAACUCCAUAUACGAUAAUAUGGGCAAAGUAUACAAUGUCAGCCGUGUCAUCAACAGAAAAGACGGUUUCAUAUUUGAGCCUGAGAAAUACGAAGAAUACUCACAUAUUUAUCUUCCGGUCACUUAUGCCCUGAAUUCUUUUGGUCUAUGCUUUGCUUGCAUUUCCUCACUAUUUGUCUGGAUGUUCCUUGAGAAACGGCACGAAAUCGCCAGGGUAUUCCGAGAAUCCCAGCUUUCCACCUUGUUUGGGCGCAAGAAAGAUGCUAGACCAAGUCUUCAGCCUCAGUAUAACAAUGUUCCCAUAUGGUGGUACGGAAUAUCCUUUCUCGUAUCCAUGGGGCUAGGCAUCUUUGCCUGCGAGUUUUAUGCUGUGCAGCUGCGCUGGUACGGAGUUAUCUUUGCCAUGUUUGUGUCUGCAGUCUUCUACCUCCCGCUGUCUUGGGUCUAUGCUACCACAAACAUGAGAGUCCAGAUUGACAUCUUUUGCCGCAUAAUCGCUGGCUAUGUGUGGGAGGGUAAGGUCCUCGCCAACAUCUGGUUCUUUGAUCUGGGCUACAUUUCCGGCAUCAAAGCUCUCGCGUUUGCCCAAGAUCUCAAACUCGGAAUCUAUUGCAACAUCCCACCAAGGCACUUAUUCGUCGUCCAAAUCGUAGGCCUCAUCAUGGGUACACUGGGCCAAGUUGCUGUUCUAAAUUGGGCCCUGGGCCAUGUUCCCGAAAUUUGUUCCCUGGCUGCAAAGAACGGCUUCACAUGCCCCUAUUCUCGUACUCACUUUAACACGAGCAUGGUCUGGGGUGCUUUGGGGCCUCGCAGAUUCUUUGCUGACGGGACUCUGUACCGUGGCCUUUUGUGGUUCUUCCUCAUAGGAGCUAUUCUGCCUAUCGUGGUAUACGGCAUGAAGAAAACUUGGCCGAAACAGCGGUGGCUGGAAAAGAUUCACGUCCCCCUGUUUCUUGGCGGGCUGAACUACAUCCCUCCCGCCUCUGGGACAAAUUACGGCAGCUGGGUCAUAGUUGGCUUGGUCUUUGGCCUCUGGAUCAAGAGAAACAGUAGAGGCUGGUGGCGGCGAUACAAUUUCGUGCUCAGCUCAGCGCUGGACUGUGCCACUGCCAUCGCAGGCAUCAUCAUCUUUUUCGCCAUUUUCUACACAGGAGCAUCCGAUAAGUUCUCUUGGUGGGGAACCACUGUGUAUCAAGAUACUUGCGACUGGGACAGCUGUACAUAUAAGACAGUUCACAAAGGGCAGACGUUUGGGCCGUAGCGGGGGCUUGAUAACCAUUGGUAGUAAUGAAUUUGAGCGAUUUUUUAAUAGAUUUCUGAAUUAAAUGUCGUCGAGAGAUGUCAAUUUUGCUAUAUACAAGAGAAUACAUAUAUUCAGGACUCAUUCAGCCCUUAGAUUUAGUGAUACUACCUAACCUGUCUCUCGUAGUGGAGGUACAGAGCCUGCAGCAGAUUUCUGUAUCACAAACUGUCAUCGGAACACCGAAGGCCGUAUAGCAAAACAAAAUAUGCAAAAUAUAUAAACGAGUUAAUUAAUAUAUAAACGAGUUAAUUUUCAAACCAUUGAUCUAAAAAGAUGCA